GGUAACGAUGACCGCGUCUUGUCAGUCUCCGCCCAGAGUUAGUCUCAAAACUUCAACAACUCAUCCCAUUAACGUCAGCUGGAUAAUUCCCGAGGAGUUGGUUGAUGGCAUUUCCUUGGAACCUUUACCGCAAAAAAUAGACCUGUUUGACAUAUAUACCACAGCAUCUCUUUACCAACAUUAUUAUGAAACCGCGGAAAGGUCGGUUCAAAGUUUGCAUUCAAACAGAAGAGGCAUGCCUACUCAACAGCACCGUAGAGCGAUCGCAUAUGGAAAUCUUGCAUUGAGUUCAUGCCCGGGCAAAAAAGUGAGGUUAAAUGGUCCCGUGAGAGGAAGAGCAAAGAUCGAUCGAGAUUUGGAUCUAGACUUUCAGAGAAUCAGGUCUUUAGAUAUAUCAAUGGUCGUUUGGUAA